GGAAAUGGUUAUCGCGGUGGACGUGGCAAUCAUAAUGGCGGAUAUAGCACUGGUCGUGGCAAUGGACGUAAUUAUAGUCGUGGCUUUGAUCGAGCAUUUGAUCGUGGUUUUCGCAAUCGUCGCAUGAUUUGUCAACUUUGUCACACUGAGGGACAUGCUGCUGAUACUUGCAGUUCUUAUUCUCGCCGUGAAAAUCAAAAUAAUUAUGGCCACCAAGCAUCUCUUUCUUCAAACUUUGCUGGUAUGCACUUAGGUCCAUACACCUCUAAUGACUCAUUCACUGAGAAUGUAUCUCCUCAUUGGCUGGCAGAUUCAGGAGCAACUAGUCAUAUGACACAUAUUCCAGGGGUGAUUCAAAACCCAAUGGCUCAUGCAGGCAACAAUCAAGUUUAUGUGGGUAACGGAAAUUCUCUUCCUAUUAAACAUACGGGUGAUGGACCUGCGUACUCGGAAGACACUCAUGGAAGGUCCAGUUAAAGGAAAUCUGUAUCCCAUUCCUAUAGGUCAUGGUGAGCAAUCUGGUUUUCCCAAUCAAGUUUCCAGAAAUAAAGAGGUAGCUGCGGUUUGCUCUAAUACAGAUUCCAGAACUCUGUGGCACAGACGCUUGGGGCAUCCUUCAUCUCCUGUCAUGUCUAAACUUCCAAUAGAUAAGGAUUUUUCAAAGUCUGCUUGGCCCUCAGUUUGUGAAGCCUGUCAGAUUGGCAAAAGCCGACGAUUACCAUUUGCUUUAUCUACUAGAACAAGCUCUGUUAUUUUUGAUCUCAUUCACUGUGACAUUUGGGGACCUUCACCCCAAUCUAGUGUU